AUAGCACUGGGGUUAGUCACAUGGUUUAAAGCCUGGGAGUCCAAGAGAGCUGCUAGAAUGUCAAUUAUAAAAAGGUUAAAAUGCAUCCCCCUGGCGAGCCCACCAUCACCAACACGUCCAUCGACUGGACACCUGGUGCUCCCAUUUCUAGUUUAAUCUUAAACUAUGACUUUCAACUACAGUGGAAACAAGAAACACAGGACUGGAUGGAUGCUGAGGAGGUGCUCAUUCAGAAAAAGACGACCCAUUUUGACCUGGACCCUGACAAGUUGGAGAGAGGGAAGAGGUACCAGGCCAGGGUCAUGGCCCAAGACAACCCAAGACAACCCAAGACAAGCCAUGUCUCAGUGGAGUGACUGGAGCCCAGGCUGCUGGGAUGGUGGCAGCAGUGGUGGUUGCUAGGCGUCGACCAGGGAUGUCAUCACAUCUGUUACUGUGACCUGAGAGGAUGCUUCGGUGUUACAGGUGCUGUAUACGUUAUUACAAUUAAAUAUUUGUACGUGUAGGCUGGCUGAACAAUCCAUACUUUUUUGGCUGCUGUUGUUAUUGAUUAAAGUUGGGGCGGUUAUUCAUGUGUUUUUUUUUUCCAAUUGGAAAGCGGGAGAUCCAAACUCGCUUUGGGAAAUAUUGAUCGAAAGUACCUUUGGACUUGCAAAUAAGAGGUGGCGUUUUUACCCUGUAGCUUCUAGCAAUCGUAUCCGUUACAGUUGGACGGAGAUUUUACUGAGACGCAUGAGGAAAUAAACUCAACACCAUCUGUAUUUUAUUUGGGUGGAGAUGGAACAACGGAUUUAAGUUAUGGCGUUCGGGCACGGCUCUAAAGAGUCGCGCUCUUUUGAUGAAGAGGUCGCGCCAGCUCCUGUGGAUACGAAGUUGGAAGGGAAGGCAGCCGGUAAAUUCAGACAACCCAAUAAGUGUCUCCUUGUCGUCAUCGUUGUCAUCGGCGUUAUCAUCCUCGCCAUCGGAGCGACUCUUGGCUGGUUCUUCCUGGAGUACCGGGUUUGGGUGUCGGAGCCCAGGGUACAGAAGCAGUACACAGGGAGACUCUCCAUCCUGAACAGGAACUUUUCAACCGAUCUGUCAUCUCACACCAGCCCGGCCUUUACCGCCCAGGCCAAGGAUGUAGAAGACAUGGUGCAGAGGAUAGUGAAGGAGUCAGCCCUGUCGCGUUACUUCAACUCUACCAAGGUCUUUGCCUUUGGGGAGGGGAGCGUGGCGGCCCACUUCUGGCUGGUGUUGUCAGUCCCCGGCAGCCAUGUUGAGAAGGUCACUUUGGAGCGAGUCAGCGACAGCCUGCAGGGUCGACUGGAAGCCUACAGGGGGAGCCAGAGAGAGGAGGUUGCCAGCUGUGGAGGUUAUCUCAUACACCUCCCGUCUUUCGCCGUGACGGAAAUGGAACCUAAGGUUCUAGAAGUUUUGAAAGCUUCAUUUGACUGUUACAGGUACCAAGGGGUAACCUCUGGCACAGUGGUGACUCUGAGGGGCCCGGACACCCAACGCUCGUCCUGCCUUUGGCACCUCAGGGCUCCACAAGGCUCGGGGGCCCAGAGGUUCAGACUGGAACUGAGAAUGGAGUGGCUGCUGCCGGAGUGUAGAGACAGGCUGGCUGUUUAUGAUGGUUUAACGCCUACUGAUACUCACCUCAUCACCUCGGUGUAUGGUUGCAGCAGACAGGAGCGUGUGGUGAAUGUGUUAUCAUCCGGAGAGUGGAUGACGGUGCUCUGGAAACAGGGCCUCUACAACUACAAAGACCCCUUCUCCCUGUCUGCGCAGGCCUGGACCACUGAAGUGUGCUCCUCUGCCAUAGAGCUGAAGCCCGUGUUUGGAGUACAGGGUUAUGUAGAAACCCCAUUCUUCCCCAGCUUCUAUCCCCCUGACACCAACUGUACCUGGACAUUCACUGUGCCCACUGUGGACUAUGGCCUGUCCCUGCAUUUUGAAGGCUAUGAGCUGAGCAGGGCUACCUACAGUCAGGCCUGUACCCAGGGCCAGUGGACGCUACAGAAUCGCAGGUACAGCAGGCUGUGUGGAACGCGGAGUCUCCAGCCGUACACCGAACGUGUCUACCUUCUCUCAACACCAACCAGCAUUGUCAUGACUUCUGAGGUGUCAAUCACUGGACCGGGCCUUCAGGUCCACUACAGCCUCUUCAACCAGUCAGACCCCUGUCCCAGCCAGUUCCUCUGUACUCUAAAUGGCCUGUGUGUUCCAGCCUGUGAUGGCAUCAGAGACUGCCCCAACGGACUGGACGAAAGAAACUGUGUGUGUGUGGCCCAAUAUCAGUGUCCUGAAGACAGUCGGUGUGUGGACCACUUCAAAGUGUGUGACCAGCACCCAGAUUGCCCCGAGGCCAUGGAUGAGGAGAACUGCACAGAGGGUAACUGUGGGUGUGUGGGUGGGUGUGAAGGUGUUCACUGCACUGACAUGACAUAUGUGUGUGCUGACGGGACAUGUCUGAAGAAGCCAAACCCAGAGUGUGACUUCAUCUCUGACUGCCCCGAUGCCUCAGAUGAGAGACACUGUGACUGUGGUCUCAGGCAGUUUUCCAGUCGCAUAAUGGGAGGAGUCAACGCAUCAGAGGGGGAGUGGCCAUGGCAGGUCAGCCUCCAGAUAAGUGGAAGACACGUCUGCGGAGGGUCACUGGUCUCCAGCCAAUGGGUGGUUACCGCUGCUCACUGUUUCUAUGACGACCGUCUCUCUCCAGGCGCGUGGACGGCCUGUCUUGGCAAACUGCUUCUGAAUCGCAGCGGCCAGAUGGAGGAGUCCAUUCGGGUGCAGCAGGUGUUCCUGCACCAGUACUAUGACGACGAGACGCACGAUUAUGACCUGGCUUUGCUGCGACUGGAGAGACCCGCGGCUCCGGGGACCCCGGCCCAGCCCGUCUGCCUGCCAUCCCCCACGCAUCAGCACGAACCCGAACUGCUCUGUUGGGUUACAGGCUGGGGGACGCUGAAGGAAGGAGGAAGUCCCAGUAAUGUGCUGCAGAAGGUGGACGUGCGUUUGGUGAGCGAGCAGGCCUGCGUCCGUUCCUAUGGUUACAUGGUCACUCCUAGGAUGCUGUGCGCCGGCUACCGCAGCGGAGAGAAGGACGCCUGUCAGGGAGACUCCGGGGGUCCGUUGGUCUGCCAAGAGCCCUCGGGUCGUUGGUUCCUAGCGGGUGUGGUCAGCUGGGGGAAGGGGUGUGGCCGGGCGGACUACUAUGGCGUCUACACGCGGGUCACGAAACUCACCGGCUGGAUCAAAGAGCACCUCUCUGGACAGGCGCAAAGCUGACAUUCGUCGUCAUCGCCGUCGUCAUCAUCGCCGUCGUCAACGAAAAGACACAGUGUCAUAAUGUAGUACCGCAGGACAUAAUGUAUAUGAUGUCGUAGACGUUAGCGACUGUAGCCAGUAUAAAUGUAUUUGUCGCGGUCACCAUUAGCAUCCUUGUUCACAGCAUCUUCAUGGUCCUCGGCAAGCUUGCGGUUGAUUGUUGUAACGUGUUGGAAAUCCUUGGUUUAUAGGGCCAAGGUUGAAACAGGGCGAGCACUAUCCUACAGGAAGAUCAGCCGAGGACAGUCGAGGACAACAACAACCCAAAACAAUCAAGCUCAAUCCAACACAUCCAAUACCGCCCCCAUGUGGACGCUGCGAAAACAACAACAUCAUUAAGUCCCACACAAUAGGUCCAUCCAAUGAAAAACCCGAGCCUCAAAUCCACUUCUGCUGCUUUAAAAACAAUCUUCCACUCCAAUCAGGGACCGACGUAGCCCUGGCUGGGACACCAGGUGGUUGCAAUUAAUUAUCCGAAAACCAGCACCAAUCAAGAUCCUAUUGAGUAAGACUUUAAUGCCAGCGGCAUUAGACCUUUCAUAUGAUUCUUACAUUGAAUGUUUGUGUAUCACUUUUAAUUUCAGCAACAUACCCUUGUGUAAAACCCUGGGUUAACAGUUGCUCCAUUACCUUCGAGAAGCUGUUUCCUUUCCGUCUGCUUUUGAACGUGAUCAUCUCCUCAGAAGUGAAACAAGAAGUGGAGCUUGAAACACUUCCUGAUUGCAAACCCAAAUGAGGGUGUAUCCCAAAUUGUUCCCUUGUUCCCUUGGGCUUAAGCCAAUGGCAGUGCCCUGUGAAGGGGGCAUAGGGUGCCGUUGAGAUGCAACUGUUGAGCGUGUCUGACUCAUCACCAUACAUAAAUAAAACGACAGUCAAAAGGUUGUUGGAGUGUGUAAUUAUAAUUGUAUUACUCUGUUUCUGAAUACUCUAUCACACACACACACAAACACACACACACACACACACACACACACUGAGGAACCACAUCUAAGCGUUGUUGGUGAUGUGAAUCUCAGCCACAGACUCUGAGCCUGUUUAGGAUUGGAUAGUUUUAUCCACAUGAAUGAAAAUUUUAGGCAGAUUUGCGUCAGAGAUAAAAAAAAAAAAAAACUACAAAUAAGUAUGAUGUAAAAAGGUGGAAAUCUUAAUUGAAAACUUUACUGACAGAUAUUCCCCGUGGCUACUGCGGUCUACAGCCGAUGUCUCACUCGGUUUGUGUUGCAACAUGCAAAAAGAGGUAUUAGAGAGAUUAUAAUUUUGAUGUUGGCAAGCAACAAAAAAAAUCUAACAAUAGCACUUUCUGCUGGUGCAAUUCAACUAUCAUCAGCAACAGCACUUGUUCGAUGAAGAGCACCAUGUUAGUUACCAGGUAAACAACAGAGUCAGUGAGUUUACACUCCUUACCAGGACAGGAGGACAAAGGGCUGUGUGUGCAUGUAUUGAGUCUUACUACAUAACUGGCCCAGACAGUUCCACAUUACAUAGUAUUAAAUUGAAAAUUCUAUUUACAUGUUAUGUAAAUGUUACUUAAACGUAUUUGUCAUUAGGGCAGUCUAAACAUGCUCUCUCUGUAUCUAUUAUUUUAAUGAAGAAAGUGAGUGUGUCUGUUAGUACUCUUGUUUGUACCAGGCUAUAGAAACCUGUGAGACAGUGGGAUAUUUUUGGCUUUUAUGUUAGGGUUCAAGGUAAGAGUUUGGGUUCAAGUUAAAGGUUUAGGUUUUGGGUUCAAGGUAAGGUUUAGGUUUUGGAUCAAUAUUAGAGGUAAUGUCAAAUAGGAUUUGGGAGUUUGUGGGUGGUUUACAUUUUAACCCCAGAAUGUCUUACUCUGUAAACAGCAUGUACAGUGUCAUGUCAAUGUCUUACUCUGUAAACAACAUGUACAGUGUCAUGUUAAUGUCUUACUCUGUAAACAGCAUGUACAGUGUCAUGUCAAUGUCUUACUCUGUAAACAACAUGUACAGUGUCAUGUCAAUGUCUUACUCUGUAAACAACAUGUACAGUGUCAUGUUAAUGUCUUACUCUGUAAACAGAAUGUACAGUGUCAUGUUAAUGUCUUACUCUGUAAACAGCAUGUACAGUGUCAUGUCAAUGUCUUACUCUGUAAACAGAAUGUACAGUGUCAGGUUAAUGUCUUAAUCUGUAAACAGCAUGUACAGUGUCAUGUUAAUGUCUUAAUCUGUAAACAGCAUGUACAGUG